AUGUAAGACGAUUAAAAACUUUAUUCAAUCAUAUUUCCUGAUUCUAAUCUACAAUCUGUAAACCAAGUGCCUUUUUUCAUUAGAGAUUACGAAAUCAAUCGGAAACAGAUUUAUUGCUCAGCUUAUUCAAAUGAAUUGCUAGUUUUAGGACAUUAUGUAACUUAUUUAAAUUGAGAGUAAUUAGAAUUGCAUUUCUAUAGUCGAUAUUGUGACGAGAAACUACAUAAUUUAAUACACGAAUUUGAAUAAUUAAGGGUGCAUUGUUACCGCUGUUGCAAUAGGAUAUUAUAACAAUUAUAUUUUAAUCGGAACACAAAAGGGGAGAUUGGAAAUGUAUUAAUUAUGUAAUUCAAUAAAAUAAUACGACAUUCUGAAACAGAUAGAGAUUAUAAAAUUUAGUGAAACUUAAAUCCAGAAUAUUUUUUUAACUAAUGGCGAUUUAGCGAUAAUAAUUGAUUUGAGCAGCAUAAAAUGUUUUUAUAUAAAUUAGUUGACUUAAUUGGUGUAGAAAUAGCCAAAAGAAGAGAGCAACAAAUAUUAAUUGUUAUAAUAAGAUAUAGAGACAAUAACUGAAAAGUUUAUAGUUGGUAUAAGUGCAAGUGCAUAUUGUCACGAGACGAAUCAAUUGGUAGUUUCAUUAGGAGAUAGUUCUAUGGUGGUCUACACUUUUAUAGGGGAGGAUAUAAACUCUAAUUUAAGGAAAUCUAAAGUGUAUGUGAUUGAACCUUUUGAAAUAAUAAAUAAACUUACAAUCAGUAAUGAUGGGCGAUUGUUGGCAGUGGCUUAAUGCAGAAUGGUAAAUGGUUUGGAAUACAAAAUCAGCAUAGUGGAUUUAAAUAGAAAAGGUAAAGUAAUUAAGAAGUAUCAAUAUUAUGAUGGAGCAGAAGUAUUUGAUAUGAAAUUCUUUCCAAUUCAGAAUAAAUUAUAUGUAGUUGUAAACACAGGAUAAAUAUUUAUUGUCGAUAUUGAUCAAAGUAGUGAUGAACGAUUAUAUCUUUAAAAUUUGAGUGAUGUAACUAAAUAAAUAUAUCCCUUAAGUCAAUAUUAGGAAUUUCCAAACUUAUUAUAGAUAUCAGAGAAUGGUCUAAUAUAGAUUAUCUCUUAUGAUACACAAAAAAUAGAUCAUUUAAUUUAAAUGCCAUUCCUCUAUUUUAUUGAGUUGAAACUCUAGGAAAUAUUUAAUUACAAACCCUUGUUACAACAAUAUUUCUAAUCCUCAUUCUAUAUUGGAUUUUCAGGCAUUGACAAGAAAACUCAAUCUGUGCAAUAGAUAAUGUUAAACGGAGAAUAAUACUUUGAACCAUUAUAUGAUGGAAUUCUAAAGAUGAGUGAGUUUAGAGAAUUUUACAAAUCAGAAUUUCAAGAAAGAUUGAGACACAGAAGAAAGAAAUACGAAUUAAGAAUAUAGAUAUUAGCAUGGUCAUUGAAUAGUGUUAAACAAAAUCUUUUGCCAUAGUCUUUUGGAAUGGGUAUUCCAUAAUAAAUAGACUUGAAAAAGAAUGAAAGUGAAAAACAGGAAAUUAGAAAAUAGUCAAAAUAGAAGAAGAAAAAGCAGUUUAUGAAAAUAGAGCAGUUCUUUGAUACUGCCCAAGAUACAGAUAAUAAAAUGUUCUUGUAUCUUAGCGAUCUUGCUGAUGCUUAUCUUAGAUAAUAUAAUGAUUUGAAACUAAGUGAUGAUAGAUACUUAGUGAUUUCUAAGCUUUUAUAGAAUUUGCAGUACUAAAAUCUAACUAUGUUACUGUUGGGCAAUUGCUCAUUGUUAUUUGAUGUGAAACUGCCUUUUAAAGAGUAUAUCAUUGAUUUGAUCAACAAAGUCGAUAGAUUAAGCUACCUGGAUCUCAGUAACAACAAAAUUACCUUUGAAGAUAUCAAAAAAAUAACUCGUCUGACUCAAUUGAAAUAUUUAGACUUAUCUAGUAAUUUUCUUGGAAAUCAAUCUAAAAAACCGAUGAUGAAAUAAAAAAUGAGAUAUCAGAAUUUAGAAAUGGCUAAUGAUGAUGAAUAAUAAUUGAUUCCUGAAGAUGAUUACUCAUUUUAUAGAUUACUUUUUUAAAAGAUUCCAAUCAUCAAUUUAAGAAAUAAUCAAUUUACUGAUGAGGAAGGUUGUAAAUUAUUGAAGACACUUGAAAAUAAUGAAGAUUUGAGAGUGCUGGAUAUUUCUGGCAAUUAACUCUUUAAAGAAUAAACUAGAAAUCAAUUAGAAAUGUUGAUUAAAACUAAGAAUCUAAUCAUGAAAAAUACCCAAACAUUAAUAAUUGAAUUUAGUGAAGAAUUGUCUGAAUCAACAAUGAAAUAAUUCACAAAACAAAUUAUAGAAAAAUUUAAUUUACAAUUAUCUGAAGAAUAAAAGUUAGUUAAAAAUCCUGAUGUGGAAGCAAUUGAAUAAUAGGUUUAUGAAGAAAUUCCAAUGAAUUUUUAUUUAUAUAUUGUAAAUUCCAAUUAGAACUACUAUUGGGAUUAAUCACUAUUAUAAUUGUAUGAAAGACAAGAUGAAGGAUAAGUUGAUGAAAUUAGAACAUGCUUUGUAAAUAUCAUAUUAUAAAUUUUAGUGUGCCUUUAUCAUGAUCUAUGUUAAGAUGUGUGUGGAUUUGUAUUAAAACAUUUAAACUAAUUUUGUUGAAUGUUUAAAAUAAUGUUUUUGUUCAAUUUAUUUUGUUUAAAAAUACCUCUUAUGCUGUUAUUGUGUAUUUUUACAGAGUAAUUAUGGAUCCUUUAUCACUCAUCUUUUAGGUAUUAAGACUGCAGAUUAUGAAUAUAACAACAAGAAGGAUGAUCUCAAAAAACACCUUGAAAAUAGUAAGUAUCCAUUAAAUAUAAUAUUUUGGAUUAACUUUAUCGCUUUUUAUUUCAUAUGCGUAUUCAUACCCAUAUAUUUUGUACUUGCAUGUUCAGGACAUUAAUGGACAGGACAUUUUAUAUAUUGCGGCUAUGCAUUUCUAGUUUGUUUAUUAGAAAUCAAAUUGGCAAAGACUUGUAUAGAUCAUGAAAUUACUCAUUCUGAGUUUUCAACUGGUCCUUUUUGGAAAAGAGCAAUGUUUUUUGUAUAUAUUUCAUAUUUUAUAUUUUAAGGGCAAGGAUUUGUUUUUAAGUUAAAUGGCUAAAUUUGAUGUGUAUUCUGAUAUUUGUUUUAUUACCACUGUCAUGACAUGCGGGGAUAAUACUGGCAUAGGAUAUUGUGCUAUAGCUAUUAUGGCUUUGACAUUGUCAACAACUAUGUUUCAUAUCUUAAGUUUGUUAUUAUCGAGAUAAGAUGGAGAUGAAAAUUAUAUUGACUAUUUAUGCAAUUAUUGCUCUUUUGUUGAAAUACAUUUAGUGGGUUCAUUAUUAGAAAAAUGGACGAUAUAAAAUACAACCAAUUUUUUGUGGAUGAAAGGAAUUCCAAAUAGAGUUUAUGCAGCAACAUUUAGAACAUUUGCAGAAGAUUUACCAUAAUUUUUACUAUAGGUUAUCUACUUAUUUCUGAAUCCAAACAAAAAGUCAAUUGAAAUCCUUAUGCUUUCCUUAGCAUCCUCAACUAUUUCAAUUAUAAUUUCAGUCACUAAAUCAUUGACAAUAACCAAAGCUAAUAGAAUCAAUGAUAUUAUUAUGAUGAAUGAAGUCAAAACAAAGCUAGGAUUGCAUAAGGAAGUUACAGAUCCAAAAUUAAAUGAAGAGCUCAUCCAAUUUCUACAUGACUAUUAUUAAAAUUUUGAUGGAGAAGAACAUGUUCAAGUAUUGCAAUAUGGCAUGACAGAUACUAAAUAUUUAAGAAAACCCAUGGAACACACUACUAACAUCAGAACAGUAAAAGGAUAAAAAUAAUCAAUUAAAAUCAUAAAGGGAAUAUCUAUGUUGGUUGAACAAUAACAACAAACAUAGUAAAAACCAUAACCAAUGAUCAAGAAUCCAACUCAGGCUCUGGAUUAUGAAAAAUUGGAUUUCUUUGAGCCAUAUUUGUUUUUAAUGAACAGCAAUUAAGCUAAGCUAAUUUAGAAAUUAUAUCAAAGGGGAUAAGAGAUGCAUCCUGAAAUUGCAUAAGUACUAUUAGAAUUAGAAAUACAAGAUUAUGUAGACAAUGUUCCUUCAUUUUAAAAUGAGUAUGAGAGGUUCGAUUUUGCAGAGGGAAGUUUUAUUGAAAGCUUUGAAGUUUAGAUCAAAAUCUUGGAGACUAUUUAUAGAUAUGUCAAGAAGGAUCUAAACAAAGAAUUGUAAAUAUUGGAUAUUGGUUGUGGUAGUGCAUUUACAGCAACAGCCAUACUGAAAUUAUUGGAGAAACUUAAACCAAAAGGAACAUACAAAAUCUUAUGUCUUGAUCACAUUCCUUAAAUAUUAGAAAGAGCAAAGAAUGUCAUUGAAAUGGGAUUUGAGGACUUCUUGCAAAAGAAAAUAAUUUAAUUUGAUAUCUAUGAUUGUCGAAACUCAUUAAUGCAAUUUGGACAAUUCGAUAUUGUUAAUUAUGGCUUUGCUGUUUAUUAAGCAGAUAAUAAACUAGUUAAACAAGAUGGAAUUGCAAUAGUACCGUUAAUAAUUUCAACACCUUAAGAACAUGAAUACUAUGCUUUAUAAAGGUAAAAUGAUCAAGAAGAUGAACUCGUAAAUUUAAAUUUAGAGGCUUAAUCAGGGUAAUUAGUUGCAAAAGAAUUGUAAUUCCCUGAUUUAUAUCAAUGUAUUUAUUAUCCUAAUAAUAGACUUUGAAAUCAGAAAAGGAGAGUAAUGUAAUCUCUGUAAUAAAUCAAUCAUUAAUUAAGGAUAAUUCUAUUCACCAUGGUUAUGCAGAUAUUAUUGUAUUGAGUGUGGAUAAUAAGAUGAUGAUAAAACAGAACUAUAGGAAUUCAAAAUCCUAAGUAAUUUAGUAUUUAUACCAUCUUGUUCAACUGAUGAAGAAAUGAAUAGAUUAAGUUCAUAUAAAUUUGGACAUAACUUAUUCCCUAAAAAGAAUCAAUUACUUAAUAAGUAUCAUCCCAUUGAUUGCCAUCCAUGUCAAAGAGAAAAAGGAGAGGAAAAAGAUUUUGACCCAUUACCUAGAUAUAUCUGUUUAAAUUGUAGACCAGGCAAGUUUGAUGGCCAACAUGUUGAUAUCUGUUAUGAUUGUGCCAAAUGCUUUAUUGAUGAUGAAAUGGAGAAUGAGAGAGACCUAAAAUUAUAUUAUUUAUCAGGACAUUAAUCAAGCCACUUAUUGUUAAAAAUUCAUUUUUAUUAUGAUUAUAAUUAAUAUUGA